AGCGCGUCCGCCCACAAAAGCCACAGCGACCCCAGCGUAUCUUCCCCUUUUUUGUGUGAAUUACACUGAAAAACGCAUUAAAAAACGAGAAAUAGGGACAAUAGUCCAGGCGGCGGGUUGUCUUCGAAGGCGGACGGACGGCGACGACGUGUCGCGCGGCGUCUGACGCUGGACGAAGCGGCGGAGGAGGAGGGUGUUGUCCUGAUGCUUACAUGGAAGUGGGUGGGCCUUCACGGUGAUACACUGCCAACGCUGUGGAUACCGACCUGACAAGCGCUAAUUUGUCCCGUCUAUGGACCGUUUACCCGGCCGAAGAGGCACACGACGCGGCUGCCGGCGCCCAACGUCCGUGUGGGGGAGCGGCUGGAGUGCUGUCCGUUAUUUCUGUUGAGGCUGAGCCUCCGCUUGGCGCCGCCCUUCCUGGACGGUGGGUGGUUUCGUGAAAACGGCCCGGAUCCCCGUCCUCCGCCUUCGUACCCGGCCUUCCUUCUUCCGUGAACUACACCCUCUCCCUCUCCGUAUAUUCAUGCGUUAUGAGUGACUCCAAGAAGGAAUCAUCUGGAACUGAAGGCGGGAAAGCAUCGAAAAAGGGGAAAAAUUCUGCAUCACAGGAUUCCUCGCAGCCCUCUCCCUUGGCUCUGCUCGCCGCCACCUGCAGUAAGAUCGGAGGGCAGGAGGGAGCCGAGGGCGCUCAGGCUCAGGCGGGGCCCCAGCAGAUCCAGCUCCAGGCUGGUCAGAUCCAGCUGCAAGCGGGGCAGCUCCAGGGUCAGUUUGUUGUGGACACAUCCGGGGGCCAGGCCUUGGUGCAGCAGCAGCUGGAACUGGUCCCGGCUCAGUUCACGGGGAACGGGUGGCAGAUCAUCGCGGCGGCUCCGACUAUGGCCAAGGAGAACACCAACCAGCCUGUUGCUGUAACGGUUCCCACCAGCCUGCCUAAUGACGGCUCACCUGGACGCAAGGUGAAGGCCGUUGCGGGGACCAACAGUGUGUCUGCCAACCAGCAACAGCAGUUUCAGAUAAUCCAGGUUCAGAACCUACCCAGUGCCGGAGGCGGGGUCCAGUAUCAAGUCAUCCCUCACCUGCAGACCGCUGAUGGACAGCAGAUCCAUAUCAACCCGACUCAGACGGCCUCUAUCGGGACUUUACCCGAGCAUGUUCAGAUUAUCCAGAGUCCGAGUCAAGGCCAGGCUCAGGCCAUUCUCCAGCCGGCCAAUCAGCAGACGAUGCUGUCAAGUACCACCAGCCAGACGGUCCCCCUGCAGAUUCGCCCUGCUCAGUCUUUCCCCCUGCAGCUGCAGACCCUUCAGGGCUCUCAGACCCCGGUCAUGACCACGGUGCCCAUAAACCUCGGUGGCAUGACCCUGGCAUUGCCUGUGAUCAAUAAUGUCGGAGGCGGCGGCACCAUGCAGCUUAUCCAAUCAGCAGAUGGCACUUUCUCUGUUGCCAAUGGCAACCAAUUGGUGACAACAGCGGCACUUUCUGUUCCGGCAGCCGCCGGAUCCAUAACAACGCUGGCCGCAGGUGACGGCGCGUCAGACGGGACGCAAGUGGUCUCCGCCGGGAUGGAGGUUAUGACGACUGACAACCAAGCACAAAGUGCCGAGGCGGAUUCACAAAGUCAGAACCAGGCCAACGGAGUUCAGAGUCAGGCGGACAUGCCAGGAACCAUUCAGCAGGUGAUCGUAGGGCAGGUGGGACAUCAGUUAGUGCAGCAGAUCCAGCUGCAGCAUCCACAGACUCCAGGUCAAAGCCAAGCCCAGCAGCCCCAGCACAUCCAGACUCUACAGCUGGCACCGGGUCAAACCCUGCAGCCCAUUCAGGCCUUUCAGAAUCCAGCCCAGGUCCUUAUCCGCACACCCACCCUGUCCCCGACUGGACAGAUCACCUGGCAGACGCUGCAGCUGCCCGGCGGUGUGUCCCUGCAGGGCAGCCUGGGAGCUGCAAUGCCACAGCAGCUCACACUGGCCCCAGUGGCCGGUGGCACCAGUGGAGGGCUGGUGUCCCUAAGCGGAGCCCCCCUGACGCUGAGCGCGGCUCAGAUCAACCCGGGGUCCGGUGUGCAGACGGUCAGCAUAGCCGGGCUGGGCAGCGCCGGGGUUCAAGUGCAGGGCAUGCCCCUCACUAUCACAGGUCUACAGGGUCAACCACAGGGGCAGGAUGGCGCCAAAGUCCAGUCGUCCCCUUUAACGGUCACGAUGGGUAACGUGGCGUCCGGCUCCUCGAUGAGUCCGGACCAGUUGGGAUCCGUGCAGAGCUCUUCAGACCAGGAAGGGCCGCCCAGCAAGAGGCUCCGUCGAGUCGCCUGCUCCUGCCCAAACUGUCGAGAUGGAGAGGCAAGGAACAGUGGGGACCCCACGAAGAAGAAGCAACACAUCUGCCACAUGGAAGGCUGCGGGAAGGUGUACGGCAAGACGUCCCACCUGAGGGCUCACCUGCGCUGGCACACGGGCGAGAGGCCGUUUGUCUGCAACUGGAUCUUCUGUGGCAAGAGGUUCACGAGGAGCGACGAGCUGCAGAGACACCGGAGAACGCACACAGGAGAGAAGCGCUUCGAGUGUCCCGAGUGCUCCAAGCGCUUCAUGCGCAGCGACCACCUCUCCAAGCACAUCAAGACUCACCAGAACAAAAAGGGCGGCGCCGCCGUGGCCAUCAUCACCACCGACGACAUGGAGGAAGACCCCCCCGAGGGCCUGGGCUCUUCCCCUCAAAUCAUGGCGGUCGCCCUCUCCCGUGACUCUGAGCCGGCCACGCCCACCACCUCCAACCACCUGGAGGAGGAAGAGGAGGAGUUUGAAUAAGGCAAAAAAAAAAAAAAAAGCUGGCGGAGGUCACGACAGGGACUUUGAAAUGUUCACUUUUUGAAAUAACUGAUCCAUACAUUGUGCGGGGAUGAAAGACAAACAUUGCGGUCCCACCGAUCUCUAUGCACAAAGUUCCUGUUUCCAACCUGUCAGACAGGGCUGAGGGUCAAUCAAGGUACAGGACUGUUGCAGAGCAGAGGGCAGUCUUGGGAUCAGAGUGUGUGUGUGUGUGCGUGUGUGUGUGUGUGUGUGUGUGUGUGUGUGUGUGUGUGUGUGUGUGUGUGUGUGUGUGUGUGUGUGUGUGUGUCAUGAAGAGGAUUUACCUAAUGUGAGUUUAGGUCCUCAGAUCUAACUCAGGUGUGGAUUCCUUUGGAGGAGACGAGGACAAUUCUUUCAAGAAAACAAAAAGCACAUAUAGAACGAUUUAUAAUGCAUUCCUAUUGAGCGCAGAGUGGCCAUUAGAGAGAGAGAGAGAAGAAAAAAAAAAGAAAAGGUUUCUAUUAAAAAGACAAAAACAAUCUAGCUUUCUACAACGAUGUGAGGUGAAAGCAAUACUUUAAUGACAAUCCCAGUGGGUCAUGUUUACAUUGAGACAAAUGAGAGCACACAUACAGCGGUUUGCUAAUUUCCUGCGUUUUGUCGUGUGUGCGUGUGUGUGUGUGUGUUCGAUUCCCGGCAGCAGUUUGUUUAUUACGGUUUGUGCUGCCCGUCCUGCUCUGUGACCCACAACUGCCUUAACACGAGCGGAGAGGGGAAGGCGGACCGUCUGGCGGCACAGGACGAGGAGUGGGAUGGGAAAGCGACGGCGGGAAGGGGAUUCAUGUGGUUGCCGUCGGGUUCAAACGUCGAUGACAUUUAUCAAACAAGACAAGAAGCAAGGAAAUAAACAGAGGCAGAAUUCAAUUUUGCUCAAUUGAGGAGACAUGUGUCGACCUGUAACCUCUUACAGUGUCACCCACGCUCUGGCGAAAAAGGUUUACGUCUCCUCCUUUAUUUGGACACUUCCUGUUUACACAACAACAUCUGCUUCCAAAAGAAAGGGGAGUAUGUAAACGGUCAUUGUUUUCUGUGACAUUAACACAAAAGAAAAAGAUGCCUCGGGCUUGGGCUGGUCCUGGAUUCAGCUUGAGCAGGUCUUCGAUGACAAAUAUAUAAGCCCCCCCCCUCCCGUCUCUUCCCGUCGUACACAAUGGAAUUUUCCAAGCCUUUGCUUGGUGCAACAAAGAUAGCCUCUUGUCACCAACCUUUUUGAAAGCAAGAGCUACUUCUUGGGUACUGAUUAAUGCGAAGGGCUACCAGUUUGAUACACACUUAAAUAAAUUGCCAGAAAUAGCAAAUUUGCUCAAUUUACCUUUAACUCUAUGUUAUUAUUAAUAAUUAAUGAUAUUUACACUUGAUUGAACGGUUUAAAAGGAGAAAACAUGAAAAAAAUUACAAUUAAAUUUUGAAACAUAGUUUAUCUUCAAUUUCGACUCUUUAAAAUUCAAAAUUCAACCGAAAAAAAGAAGAGAAAACUAGCUAUUUUGAAUCUUUUUGAAAAAA